AUGACUAGAAGCAAAGUCAAGCUCAGUUACAUUCUCAAUGAUACUAAGAGAAAAAACACGUUCAAAAAACGACAAGUUGGUGUUGUGAAGAAACUAGACGAACUCACUACUCUAUGUGGCAUUGAGGCGUGUACCAUCAUCUACAACUCCUUUGAUCCUCAACCUCUCGUAUGGCCAUCAGUAGAUGAAGCAAGAAGACUUAUCAUGAAGUUAAAGAGUUUUUCGAAGGUAGAUCAAGUAAAGAGACAGGUGAACCAAGCGACUUUAAUAAGACAAAGGCUCGAAAAGAUGGAAGAAAAGCUAAGAAAACAGCGAAAGGAGAACCAUGGUAAGGAGAUGACGCAUAUGAUGUUUCAAUCCAUUAUGGAUCCACAAACAACAUUGUUGAUGCUGAAUACUAUGGAUUAUAAGGAGCUGACUAGAGUUACCGACCAGAAACUGAUGGAGGUAGUUGAGAGGAUGAAUGAGAUGCGUCGGAGGGACUCCUCCUCUUUCAACCCCCCUCAAGAUGGUGCUGGCGGGAGUGGAGGUGGUGGCAACCAACAGCUUGUCCUAAGACAUGAUGAAUUCAUGCCUCCAAAUCAUCAUGGGAUGUUUCAAUCAUCGAGUCUUGGCUCUUCCUUGAUGCCCAACAUGACAUAUCCUCCCCCGACCAUGUCGUUUUCACCUCAGAAUAUGAACUUUCAUCCUACAAACAUGGGAUUUGAGCCUCUCAAUAUAGAUUUACAACCUGUCAAUAUGGGAAUUCAGCCUCCAAAUAUGGAUUUUCCACCUGCAGAUAUGGGAUUUCAGCCUCUGUCCACUGAUUUCCCACAAAAUGACAUGGAGUACGUGCAUCCGAACAUGGGAAUGCCAUACCCGAACAACCAGCCCAUGUUUCCUUAUUACCAUAACGCCGACAUGGACCCAUAUGACCCCUCUUUACAUUAG